UUUGACUUAGCUACAGGGAAAAGGCUGAGCUGCAAAAUUCAGACCAGAUUCUGAAUCCUUAGUAAAAAGUAAUGACUAUAACAAGCUGAAUUUUGAAUAUUAUUAAUUGUAGCUUUAUUUAGGGCCCUUACGGGCUCACAUUUGUAAGCAGAUUAUAUUUAGCCGGAUGGCUAAUUGGUAGGAUACAAGCAUGCCUGAUGUGUUAGACACAAUCAGCAAUGACAAAGCAUUUUUCCUCUUUUGAAAUGUUUCUCCCUCAAUUGGUCUGACCCAAUGUAAAUUCUCAAAUAUCCACCUAAUGAGGAUGAAGCAGUAGGAAGAAAAACUGGAACGUUCUAUUGAAGUUGUUGGUGGUUUUGAGGUUAAAACCAAACAAACAAAAAACCCCACCUUUGCCCUGAAUGUUCUUUGAAAGAACUGAGAAAAGAGUCACCAGGGAGAUGUCUGAGAGCAAAAGGGAUGAAGACAGUGGGACCAGUGCUUCACUAAGUAAAGCAAGCAAAGAGGCUGCCUGUAAGCGACAGAGUAGAGAGGCAUCCUGGGAUUCCUCACUAGUGCUGAAGAAACCGAAGCAGAACCCGCUUUCCACAGUGACUGACUCCGAGGUGGCUUUGGUCAGCGCCUACCUUGAACAAAGACGGGCCAGGCGCCAUUCCCAGUUUCACCGGGCGAAUCAGAUCCAACAAGACAGUGACACCACUGAAUGUGACAGCGAGGAGUCGAACUCCGGAGCGUCAUCCUGGAAGGAGAGCGAAAGCGACCACCAUCCAUCACCUGCCACUAUUAAGAGGAGGAAGUCAGUGGCGAGGCAAAGGGAUAUGGAAAACUAUGAGGUCCGAGAGAGGCCUUGUCUCCACUGCAAAGCCAUGAGAACCAGUGAGUGGCUGACACGCCACUUCCCACCAAGCACUUCAGUGACAACCCCCACGAAGGGAGACAUUCAAGAGGAGAAUUUGACACCUGGUAGCACCAACACAAAAUUAAGCAAGUUUUGAAUUUUGGCAUCCUUACCUUACUUGAAGUCAAAAAGAGGAGGUGAAUAAAACAUGGAAAUCAGAGUUGUAGGUGAGGGAGACGUUCACAAUAAAGCCUCUUUACUAACAACAAAAGUAUAAUUGGAGCCCAAGACAAAUUUCAAAUAUCAGACAGAUUCACUGUUUCAAACAAGGGCAGAGAAUUUGUUCAUGCCACCAUGGGAACACAGAAGACCUGUAUCUUCUAUGAUCUUUUUUUAAGUCAAAAGAGCCCAGGGCAGAUAGUCCAUACCCCAAGUAUAUGUAUUUUGUUUAUGUCUAUGAUACAAAUAUGAAAGCUCUUUGAAAAUAUAUUUAUGUUGAGAAACCAUUUAAAUCUAUUCAUAUGUUUUGAUUAUCUGACUGACUAAACAAGUGAGGUGACUAAAUGAACCAGGUGGGUUUUCGUUUUUUGUUUGUUUGUUUGUUUUUAUAGUUGAGGUGAUUCUGUUAGAGCUGAGUCCACUAAGGGCUGUUGAGGAAAAGAGCUUAAGGAUCUGGAAUAUGAUCUUAUUUCUAGAGUUCAUCAGGAAGAAGGGGAAUGUGACGAAGAAGGCAGCUGGGCCACGGCUUGCCCUUGGUUGUUGUCCCAAGACUAUGGCAAGUGUUAAAACUUUUUUCCCUUGAUACUUACGUUAGAAGAAAAAUUUUAUUUGAUGUUAUUACAAUAGAGACCAAUA